AAGAAGUGUAAGCCAAUAGCAGCAACUGUAUGAAUAACCGAGGCUGUGGCAAAAACAUCAGAUAAUUAAAGCUCUCAAAUUAAAAAAAAAAUUAAAAAGUAAAUGCUGUUUUUCUCUUUUAUGGAGCUGUCUGCUGUUUUUUUUUUUUUAUUUUUAUUUUUUUUUGAAAGUCUGUUUUCUUCCUCAUAAAAAGCCUAAAAUUCCGAACCUUGAUCAUAAUUGGGCCCCAGGUUUAAACAAAAAUGUGAAGCCCCCGACCUUUGGCUGCAGAUGAGAGCCCACCCCUUCACCUGAUAAAGACAUCUAUUGUGUCCCUCCGUUUCCUCCUUGAUCCCUCCCUUUUCUUGUGCCGUUGCUGUUCUCUCUUCCCCGUUGACUUCAUCUGUAUUUUUUUUUUAUCAAGAAUAGUGAUCUCUUAGGUGUUGAGUUAAUGUUUGAUUUCUGCGCACAGAUAGACACAAAUAUUCCCUCAGUUCAGUCUCUUUUCUGGAGGGACUGUCCACGAGGAACAUCUCUGCAGUUUGAGCACCUGAGCUUUUUUUUUUCUUUUUUUUUUUGACUCUUCUUCAGUUGGCCUCAUUACCAAACCUGCAGAGUUUGUCUGCAUCAACUCACCUGUUAAAUCCAGGACAUUAUUGUUGAACUUCUUUGUUAGGUUGCUUUUCCAAAAGAAAAUAAAUCAUGGGCAAAGCUCUGGAGCAGGUAAAAUGGAUUUGGUACCACAGAAACUACUUGAUCAUCUUCCUGACGCCAAUCCUCCUCCUUCCCCUGCCAAUUGUUAUCCCAACAUCGGAAGCUAAAUGUGGCUACGCCAUCAUUCUCAUGGCUUUGUACUGGUGCACAGAGUGUAUUCCUCUGGCUGUGACCGCCCUGCUGCCGGUGGUCCUCUUCCCCAUGAUGGGCAUCAUGAAAGCUGGAGAUGUCAGCAUCGAGUACCUGAAGGACUCAAACAUGCUGUUCAUCGGGGGGCUGUUGGUGGCCAUCGCGGUGGAGAACUGGAACCUCCACAAACGCAUCGCCCUCAGAGUUCUGCUGCUGGUUGGUGUUCGUCCAGCCUUGUUAAUGAUGGGCUUCAUGAUCGUCUCAGCCUUCCUGUCCAUGUGGAUCAGCAACACGGCCACCACUGCCAUGAUGCUGCCCAUUGCUCACGCUGUGCUGCAGCAGCUGAAAACCACAGAACUCCAGGCUGAAGAUCGAGAUUUCCAGGCUUCAGGGGAGGACAAUGUUGGGUUUGAGCUUGAGAGCAGUCCGACCAAAGAGCCAACAACAACAAAGGAAAAAACACCAGACUCAAAGUCAGAGCUGGAGGCUGAAAUGAAUGAGAAUCAGAUCUCCUCAGAAAUCCUGCACAGGUCCAAGAUAAAAGAAAUGGAAGAGAAGUACGACCGCCUGACCAAAGGGAUGAGUCUGAGUGUGUGUUACUCAGCCAGCAUCGGAGGGACAGCGACUCUCACGGGCACAACUCCUAACCUCAUCCUUAAGGGCCAGAUGGACAAACUCUUUCCUGGGAACGGGGAUGUGAUCAACUUUGCCAGCUGGUUUGGAUUUUCUUUUCCCAGCAUGCUGCUGAUGCUGGCCAUCUCCUGGCUCUGGCUGCAGUUUAUGUUCCUCGGCUUCAACUUGAAAAAGUCUUUUGGCUGUGGAGUCAAAAGUGACAGAGACAGGGAGGCCUACGCCGUUAUGAGAGCCGAGUACAAGAAGCUGGGUCGCAUGACGUUUGCAGAGGUGGCCGUGCUCAUCAUCUUCAUCCUGCUCGUGCUUCUCUGGUUCUUUAGAGAGCCGGGCUUUUUCCCUGGCUGGGCCACCGUGCUCUUCAAUCAGGAAGAUGCGUAUGUGUCAGACGGAACUGUAGCCAUCUUGAUGUCGAUGCUCUUCUUCGUCAUCCCGAGUCGACUCCCCACAUGUAGCGGUUACGGAUACAACGAUAAAGGUAAAAUAGUGAAAGCCCCCAAACCUCUGCUGACCUGGAACGUGGUCCAUGAGCGAAUGCCCUGGAACAUCAUUCUCCUGCUGGGAGGAGGCUUCGCUUUGGCUGCUGGUAGUGAGGUGUCGGGUUUGUCCGUGUGGCUGGGAAGUAUCUUAACACCUCUGGAAAAAAUCCCCCCGUUUGCCAUCUCCAUCCUGCUCUCCCUGCUCGUCGCAACCUUCACUGAAUGCUCCAGUAACACGGCCACCACCACGCUCUUCCUGCCCAUCCUGGCCUCCAUGGCCACUGCUAUUAAGAUUCACCCUCUGUACGUGAUGCUGCCCUGUACCAUCGCUGCAUCUUUGGCCUUCAUGCUACCUGUGGCCACGCCCCCCAACGCUAUUGCCUUUUCUUUUGGAAACCUCAAAGUCAUAGACAUGGUGAGAGCUGGCUUCAUGCUGAACAUCAUUGGAAUCUUGUGCAUUAAUUUAGGCAUCAACACCUGGGGAUACUCCAUGUUUGACAUGGGCACCUUCCCUCAGUGGGCUAACCUCACAGUCAAUCAACCUUAAAUGAGAGCAAGACAGCUAAUGUGACUUUGAAGAAUCUCUUUUUUAUGAGGCCCUCAAGGCUCAUUUCUGUUUGACAGAAAUUAUUCGCACGUGGUGACGCACUGAGGACGAGCAGAGCUGCUUCACGGGGCAAAAUAUUUGAUCGUUCUUAGUCAUGGGGUGCUCUGCAUCAUAAAAAACAAAAAGCAAACAGUUUGAGAAAUCUGUCAUUUUAAAUAACCAAACUUGAAAUCUUAAUGCUGACACCAAGGAUUACAGAAUACUGCUACUUAAAAAAAGUUUUUGAACUUUUAAAAGACUUUAGCGCUUCUUUUGUGUUCAGAAUUGAUUGAUAUGAGUCAAUUAACUGCAGCAAUAUUUGUCCUGCAACAAAACAAAACAAGGAUAAUAGAUAGGGGCUUUUCCGGGGAUAUGUUUUCCUCCAUGUGUUGUCAUCUUGUCCACCUGUUUAUCAUUCACAGAUAAUGCACGAGUGAUUAUUUCAAAUUGCAUGACAGUUAUGAGCAGCGCUCUGUUUGUAAGAUGAUAAGAGUAAAUUAUUUGUGUCGGUUAUGUAACUUAUUGCUGCGGUCCUUUAGUUUGAUCGUAAGUUUUUUUUUUUAUUUUUAGUUACAGAUUUUGUAUUUUCGCUUGUGUGUUUGACAAACUUUCAUCUCAAUCUACUGUAUAUUUCCACAUUGAGUUAUAUGGCAGUUAUUCACUUGUCUUGUGUUGCCAGAUCUUGAUAGAGCCGCGAGGACAUUGAGGGGUUAUUUCUUUGGGAAAAAAGAGGGAGAAAUUUUUUAUGACAAUUACCUUGAACGGAUAAUGGUUUGGAGUGUUGCACAAAAAAAGAAAAACAAAAACUAUUGACAAAUUAGGGAAAUAAUCCUGUUAUUCCUUAUGCAGAAAUGCACCUUUUUGCUUUAUAAUAAAACAAACUUUUAAUAAAUUGUGAUAGAAAUUAAAUCUUUUGGAGCAUUUCAACACACAAACCUAAUGUGCUGCUGUCUAAGCCAGAAUUUGCUCUGGUCUCCACAAAUAACCAUGUUACGUCUCGUUCCUUUACCAGGUCACUUUUUGUUGCCCUGGAGAAAAUAAAAAAAAAAAGAAAGCAAUGCAAACAUGCUCUUUACCUCUGCAUUAUAUAAAAAAAGAACCACAAAAUAGCUCAGGUUGUCAGGUUUGUUGUGGAUGUUCUUCGCUUUCCUGCAGAAAUUUUCAGAUUUUUCAGCCAUAAUCAGUUUCUCUAUGGUUAAAACAACAAAAACUUUAAGCUUUGAGGAAGGUGAAGUGCAAAUCCUAACCAGAGAGGUGCUAAUAAUAGUGUAAAGUGAGUAACCAUGAAAGGGUUGGUUGAAGAAUAACAGUGAGAUAAGGUGUGAUUGCAGUGAAGGUCACUUUUUAUCACACUCAUCAAAGAGAAUGUAAUAAAGUAAAAGUGCUGAGGACCGAAGCACAAUGUCCCUGGACAGAUAUGUGUUUCUCAUUACAUGUGGUGCAUGAGCUUUGGAUGUGUUACCUGGAAUAAAGCAUCACUUUGCAGAGA